GGUGCGACACAGUUUCCAUCCUUCGCAGCUCAGCUCUGAACCGGAACCACCGCACCUUCCACCGGCUGCACGCGACGACGACACGCCGGCCGUGUGUGCCUCUACAGCGGGGACACGAUGGGCAACCUGCCGCUCUUCAGCGGCCUGUUCGCAGCAGACUUCCCCCAGCCUGACAGCAGGUUCAGCAGCAGGACCAUCAGCAAAGGCAUCAUUUACUUCCAGUCUUCUCCUCCGACCUCUGACCCACUUCCUGCGUCCUCCCCGAGCCACGUCCAAUCACAGCCCUCCUCGUCCUCCCGCCCUGUCCUCCUCUUCCUGUCCUGGCUGGGCGCCCAUCCGGCGGCGGCGUCCAAGUACUUCCACACGUACUUGGAGCGCGGCAUGGACGUCCUGCUGGUGCAGAGCAGCGUGCUGCACUUCCUCUGGCCCCGCUGGGGGCUGGACUACGGCGGGGAGGUCCUCCGAGUGCUGGAGGGGCCCGAGUUCAGCGGGCGGCCCCUGCUCAUCUACGCCUCGUCCAUCGGGGGCUACACCUUCACACAGGUGCUCACCCACGUGGCCCACAGGAGGGGCGAACAUGACGCGCUGGCCCGCAGGGUCGUAGGUCACAUCUACGACAGCCUGGUGGCGGGCACCUUGGAGCACAUGGCCACAGGCCUGGGCAAGACGCUGGCGCCGCGCCUGGAGCGCGUGGUGAAGAGCACCGCCAUGUUCUACUUCUGGCUUUUCAAGAGCAGCACGGCCGACGUCUACCUGCGCGCCAUCCAGGUGUUCGACAGCAGCCCCGUCACGGCGCCGGCGCUCUUCUUCUUCAGCGAGGACGACGCCCUGUGCGACACGGCCGCGCUGGAGAGGACCGUGGAGCGAUGGCGGCGGAGGGGCGUGGCCGUGCAGAGCCGGAAGUGGGAGCGCUCCAAGCACGCCGCGCACAUGCGGUGCCACCCGGAAGAGUACCGCUCAACGCUGGAGAGCUUUUUGAACUCGCUGCCUUUGACGCCCAUCCAUGCACUAAUUUAAAUAUUAACAUGCCUGACAUUAUUCACAUAUCUGCUUUAUUCGCAUCGUUUUUAUACUGGCCACAACAUUAGGUACACUUGCUGCAAUAUCACUCACCCUGUGUACCUAAUGAAGUGUCCCUUGUAAUAUUCAUAUUUUUCAGCGCUCAUACAAUCUCAAAUUAAUCCAAAAUCGACAUUUAGAUUAAAAAAAUGAUCGCUUUGGAAUUAGAGAAAACAAAGCGUAGCAUUAGCUGAAAAAGUUAGCAUAUGUCAGAUACCAAGUUAAAUGACUCCAAGGUUUAUGGCAGUGGAAUUAGAGGAAAAAAAGGGUAAAAUUAUCUGAAAAAGUUAGCAUGUUAACAUUAGCAGGCUAACAGUUAGCAUGUGUCAUUUACCAAGUUAUAUGAUUUUAAGGUGUAUGGCUGCAGAGUUAGAGGAAAUACAAGAGUGUGAAAUUAGCUGAAACUGUUAGCAUGCUAACAGUUAGCAUAUGUCAGAUACCAAGUUAAAUGACUGUUUAUGGCAGUGGAAUUGGAAAAAAAAAAAAGUAUAAUUAUCUGAAAAAGUUAGCAUGUGUCAUAUACCAAGUUAUAUGACUCUAAGGUGUAUGGCUGCAGAGUUAGAGAAAAAAAAGUGUGAAAUUAGCUGAAAAAGUUAGCAUGCUAAUGUUAAAAUGCAGUUAACGAGUGCCAUAUACCAAGCUAUAUGACUCUGGGGAAAACUUGCAAAACUAGCGCUAAACGUUAACAUGUUAAUUUUAGCAUGCUAACAGUUGGCAAGUGUCACAUACCAAGUUAUAUGUCUAACAUGUACCAAUUAGAGAAUAAAGUGUAAAAUUAGCUGAAAAAGUUAGCAUGUUAAUGUUAGCAUGCUAACAGUUGGCAAGGGUCACAUACCAAGUUAUAUGACUAACAGGUACCAAUUAGAGAAUAAAAUGUAAAAUAAGCUGAAAAAGUUAGCAUGCUAAUGUUAAAAUGCAGUUAAUGAGUGCCAUAUAACAAGCUAUAUGACUGGGGAAAACUUGUAAAAUUAGCGCUAAACGUUAGCAUGUUAAUUUUAGCAUGCUAACAGUUGGCAAGUGUCACCAAGUUAUAUGACUCUAACGUGUACCAAUUAGAGAAUAAAGUGUAAAAUUAGCUGAAAAACUUAGCAUGUUAAUGUUAGCAUGCUAACAGGUAACAUGUGUCAUAUACCAAGUUAUAUGACUCUAAGGUGAAUGGCUGCAGAGUUAGAGAAAAAAAAGGGUGAAAUUAGCAGAAAAAGUUAGCAUGCUAAUGUUAAAAUGCCGUUAACGAGUGCCAUAUACCAAGCUAUAUGACUCUGGGGAAAACUGUUGCAAAACUAGCGCUAAAUGUUAGCAUGCUAACAGCAAGUGUCCCAUACCAAGUUGACUCUAAGGUGUACCACUUAAAGAAUAAAGUGUGAAAGUAGCUGAAAAAGUUAGCAUGC